AUGGCGCCUGGCGCGGUGCUGCCCCGGCUGCUCGGAGCGGGUGUCCGGGCGGCGCCCCGAAGCCGGGCCGCGCCGAGAGGCAGGACGCUGGGGAGCGCCGCGCCCGCCGCCGCCCGCGAGCCCGAGCGCGACAGCGAUCUCAGCGCCCGGAUCCUGAGCGAGCCCCUCAAGCACGCCGACUUCUUUAACGUCAAGGAGCUGUUUUCCGUGCGGAGUCUCUUCAACGCCCGCGUGCACCUGGGCCACAAGGCUGGCUGUCGGCACAGGUUCAUGGAGCCGUACAUCUUCGGGAGCCGCCUGGGCCAGGACAUCAUUGACCUGGAGCAGACGGCCACGCACCUGCAGCUUGCCCUGAACUUCACGGCCCACGUGGCCUUCCGCGGGGGCAUCAUCCUGUUCGUGAGCCGUGCCCGGCAGUUCUCACACCUGAUCGAGAGCACAGCCCGGAGCUGCGGUGAGUACGCCCACACACGCUACUUCAAGGGCGGCCUGCUGACCAAUGCGCCCCUCCUGCUGGGCCCCCAGGUCCGCCUGCCGGACCUCAUCAUCUUCCUGCACACGCUCAACAACGUCUUUGAGCCCCACGUGGCCGUGAGGGAUGCGGCCAAGAUGAACAUCCCCACCGUGGGCAUCGUGGACACCAACUGCAACCCCUGCCUCAUCACCUACCCCGUCCCUGGCAACGACGACUCGCCCCCGGCUGUGCAGCUCUUCUGCCGGCUCUUCCAGACGGUGGUCACCCGGGCCAAGGAGAAGCGCCGGCAGCUCGAGGCCUUGCACCGGUUGCAGGGCACCCCGGGCCCCCACCCAGCUGAUCCCACUGCCCCGGGAGCGCCUUCCCCUGGAGCGCAGGCCGGGCUGGGCGUGGGCCACUCCCCCGGACCCGCCCAACCUCCUCCUGGGGGGAAGGAGCAGUCUGUCCCGAGCUGGGAGCGCCUCUAGACCUUCCACGCUUUGGGCCCCUGCUGCUAGGAACUAUGCUCCACAGCAGCCCGCCUGGGGGGCUCACCCGGCAAGGGGCCUGUCCGCAAAGGACCCCUCAGAAAACACCGCGUCCCCAGAGCGUGAGGCCCUUGCAUCCACCCUGAGACGAGCCCCUGUGUUAGGCGCGUCCGCACGGUGGGCCGACUCCUCAUGACCUGGGUCGGGCUGCUCUGCGGCCUCCUGGUUUCAGGGGCUGGUUUGUAACCUGAGGCUGCAGGGUGAGCACUUUAGAGAAUCCCAUCUGGGCUGGUCCAGGCUGAGUGAAGCAGACAGCAUGGUUGCCGCAGAAAUAAAGCUUGGAUCCGGGCAGGGUGGGCCCCGGGCCCCUGGUCCUGCAGUCUG